GGGCGCCGCAUAUUACGCGCCAAUAUAUAUUCGCCAGGAUCGAUGCAAUAUUAUCGAAGCUUGGAGCGGUUCCAUUUUCAUUUUCCAUUUUCCAUUUGCCACCAACGAAGUAGAAUGGCCACGAUCCGAGCGACGCGCCCUGUCCGCAAGUCGGCGUGGUUCUCGGACCCCGCGACGUACCCGAUCAUUGCCAUCUUGGGCAGCGCGGCCGUGCUCGCGACCUUCCAGGGCGUCCGCCACCUUGCACGCAGCCCGGACGUGACGCUCGACAAGGAGAAGCGCCACAACAUCUUCCGCCGCGAUGAGAAGGCGUGCACGGACUUUCGCAGCCACCGCGUCGAGUGGGCCCACCUCCAAGAGAACCCGAUCACGCGCUCGGGCGACUUUGCCGAGUUUCGCCGCCGCAACACCAAGGAAUUGUAGCAUCCUAGUUGUGCAGCAGUAACACCCCUUGCUGAUUGUGUUUUCCUCUCUC